GGCGGAGGAGAGGAGGAGAGGCGAGGAGAAGGAGAGGCGAGGAGGAGAGGCGAGGAGGAGGAGGAGGAGGAGGCGGCGAGGAAGAGAAGAAAAGAAGAGGCGACACCAUGAGGAAGAGGAAGAGAGAACUGACAGCCCUGUAUGAGGAGGAGUGUUCAGCAUCUGCCACCCAGGAGGAGCCGGAGAAGACGGAGGACCAGCCAAAGGAGGAGGAGACGGACGGCGAGCCAAAGAAGAAGAGGGAGCAGACGGACAACAACCGGAGGGAGACCACUGAUGACGCCAUCCUACAGCCGGAGGAACGGGCCGCUUUUUACAGACUCCUGGACGAAGGACACAUCCAGCUAUUUCUAGGCAGGGACAGCUGCUAUAAGAUCGCGGACAAGUAUCUACUGGCCAUGGUCCUCAUCUACUUCCGAAGAGCCAACCUGCGUAUGGAGGAAUAUAACACCUACUUCUUUCCAGCGCUGUUUCUUGCCAACCAGUUUGAAGAGGAUGAGAUGUUUCGACGCGAGAUCUACCCCUGGGCCCUCGGACCGAUGUGGACGGCGAUGAAGACCUGGAUGCUACACCUGCGGAACCUGCUGCUCCUCCGGAUGAGAUUCCACGCUUGGGUAACCAGAGACACCUGUGAUCGGAUCAUGGCACAAGACCCCGAGUACUGGGCAUGGAAGAGAGAGCGGAAGGAACAUCACGGCUGGGCCAUACGCUGGUACCUGAGGGAUCCUGGAGAAUACAUCCCGAGAGGCCCAUGGUGGAUCCCUCCCGCCUGCUCCAUCUGUAUCACCGAUCUGCAGCCUUGUGCCAGGGAAGAGAACACCAAGCGAAGAAGGACGAAGAAAGAGGAACAGAACGGAUGAAGACCAAGCCGCCCCAGAUGUAUUCUUAAGGGCACGUUCCCACUUGGCAUAUAGGUAGUGUAUUUGAUGCUGCGCAAA